UACUCCGCAUUUUCGAUAAUGGGGGGAUCCGGGCCGUUUUGGUUCCGGUCAGUGUUAGCAACAGGUGCAUUAAGAGAAAUCAUUUAUAUGGCACGUGGAUAGGGUUGGUUCAUUAAGCUACUGACAUCCGCUGUUCUUUGGCAAGAUGAUGUCCACGUUAAGUCAAGCUGCAACGGAGCUCCAUAGAUGACAGGUAGCUUAUGUAAUCUGCGCUAUACAUACACAUAUAACAUCAUGGUGGCCGAACGUUUGACCUUCCGAAACCUUACCUCGACGCCAAUUACCUUAAAGAGCCUCGAGCGGUUUCGCGCACCAGGCAAUGGCAUCACCCGAGUUUUGUCCAAUAUCUCUUGCACCAGUGACCAUUCUGGUGACGAGCCCUUUACACACGAGGAGGUCAAUUUCCAUGCUGAGCCCUUCAAAACUAUCGAGACGGAGCUCCCCGCGUUCAUGGACUCGGAGAAGGAGCGAUUGCGCUGGACCUUCGAGGUCGAGAGGGAGCAAUACCAGAUCAACACACCCGUGUCGGCGAGUGAAUCGGCCACUAUGAAGGCAUUAAGCGACGAGCCUCGUUUCCAAUUCACCUGCAUCUUCCUGAGAGAUGAGUCCUACUUGACCAUUUUCUCGUCCGCUCAUCUGAAUGCGUGGAUGGGCGAACUGAACGAUAACACUUUGCUCUCCUCUCUUUCAAUCCCUGGCACGCACAACUCUCCAACCUGCCAUCUGGCCCCUCCUUCAGUCCGCUGCCAGUCUGUCAGUCCUCGGGAGCAAUUGCGCAAUGGGGUUCGGUUCUUUGAUAUCCGUGUACAGCCCCAACACCCCGAGAACCCGGACCGUGACGAACUGGUCUUGGUACACGGUGUUUUCCCAAUUUCUUUCACUGGGAGCAAAUACUUCAAGGACUUGAUGAACGAGGUGGACGGGUUCCUCGAACACAACCCCACUGAAACACUCAUCAUCUCAUUGAAACGCGAAGGUCCCGGAGAGCACAGCGACGAGCAGCUGAGUCGCAUCAUGCGCGAUCACUACGCGAUCCCCGAAAGCCGGUGGUAUACAGAGCCUAAGAUCCCAACCGUAGGCGAAGUCCGCGGCAAGGUUGUUCUCAUUCGUCGGUUCCACAUCGAAGAACGACUGAAGCACGAGCAUGGAGACAGGGGCUGGGGCAUUGAUGCUGGCGACUGGGCGGACAAUUGCGCCCAUGCAGUCUGCCCGAGUGGUCAGGUCUGCAUCCAGGAUUUCUACGAGGUCCUGGAGACAAACACUAUCGAGAAGAAAAUUCAAUACGUCACGGAACAGUGCCACCGCUCCAGUGAGACAUGCUACCCAUUUGGCAUUCUCCCAGACCCCGAUGCUACCAGAGCGCAUCCCUUUUAUAUCAACUUCCUCAGCGCCAGUAAUUUCUGGAAGUAUGGAACCUGGCCCGAGAAGAUUGCGGCCAAGUUGAACCCGGCGACUGUGGAUUAUCUCUGUCGGAAACAUAGUGAAAAGGACGGUGACUGGUCUACUGGUAUCCUGGUCACGGAUUGGGUCGGACACGAUGGCGAUUGGGACCUCGUGCGGUGCAUCGUGGGCAUGAAUUCCAAACUGAGAUUGAGACAAAUGGGAUACGAGGAGUCCUGAGCUACGAGUUUGAAAAGAGUUAGUCCUCUGUCUAUUAUAUGCCUCAUGAUAGUAUCCGCUUCUGAAAAAGCAUUUCGAAUAUAACAUGACAAUCUUUAAUUUCUC